UUUCUGUUCCUGUUAGCCUGAAGUCACUGUGGCAUAUUCUUUUCAGUCAUCUCAAAACAACAUGCUGUUUGGCUUUUUUCUGCUGUUCUUUUUCUGUGUGAGCACAGUUGAAUUACAGUCUACACUAUGGCCUAUACACUCCACUACUGACACAACUACAGUGGAAGCAAAGUUAUCUCCUCUGGAGGUGGUGGCCACUCCAGACUACCCAGUUGCAGAAGGUCAGACAGUCAGCCUGCACUGCAGUGCUUCUGCCACACCAGCCUCCGUCAAUUGGUCCUGGCAACACCUAGAAAACUGGACCUGGCAAGCAGUGAGCAGCAGCAGGGACCUGUCCCUGACCAAGCCAAUGCAAAGCGGGAUUUACCGUUGCUGCGCGAAGAGCCAGUUAUCUCAAAGUGUGAGCCAUAACUUCACAGUCUAUAUCAUCGCCAUGAAGCCAACAGUAGGGGAGAAUUUGGGAAUAGCUGCCUUCGUCCUUUCUAUCCUGACCUUGAUCGUCACCGUUACCAUUCUGUGCUGGCUGGCCUGGCAAAGACCUGAUCACACACUGACUACCCCUAAAACAGCAGCUAAAGGUUUUCCAGCACCUGAAAAGGCAAUAAAGGGAGGUUUGCCACAGACUGAAAGUGAUGGAGAUGUGUACAUGAAUUACACAAGCACCAACCAAGCCUACGCUGAUCUGGACCCCACCAAUAUGACUGGGGACAACCUGUACUCAAGUCUGUCAUGAACACUGGUGGGAAAGUGGAGAUGUGCAAUAAAAAGAGGAAGAAUGACUCAAAGUGUAUUUUGUUUGUUAGUAUCAUCACAGCAUUUUGUUUAACCUUAGAAACAAGGUUUUUCAUAUGUUGUGGAGUUUGCCAGUGUGCACAUUGUGAUUUAAUCUAAUUUCACAAAAAGCAGUAUGUUCCCAUCCAACAGUAAGAAACCCGUCCUUCUCUAUGUUUGGACAUGCUAAUAAAAACGUAUAAUUUU